GCACACUACGAUAACAUUACAGCAUCAUGAAAAUCUGUAUAAAUACCCGCACAUGAGAAUGCAUUUUACCACUGCAUUCCAACCAUUUUUAUCCUCCACCACCGCUUAAAAAUCCUGCAGCUGUUUUCAUACUUAGAGAAUGUCGUCAAAAAAUACCACUGAUGCUAACGGCAGUUGUUCGAUGAAUGCAUCCGCAGGGCAAGGCAAGGCAACCGUACUAGCUUUGGGGAAGGCGUUUCCAGCUCAACUUAUCCCUCAAGACUGCCUCGUCGAAGGCUACUUCCGUGCUACUCAUUGUGAUGACCCUGCCAUUAAGGAAAAGUUGGAACGUCUCUGUAAGAACACUACUGUGAAAACAAGGUACACUGUUAUGUCCCAGGAAAUCUUGGAUAAAUACCCUGAACUCGCCGAAGAAGGCACGUCGACAAUCAGACAAAGGCUGGAGAUAGCAAAUGAUGCAGUCGUUGAGAUGGCAGUUGAAGCAAGUCUGGAAUGCAUCAAAGAUUGGGGUAGGCCUGUAGAAGACAUAACGCAUGUCGUAUAUGUCUCUUCGAGCGAAAUACGACUACCAGGCGGAGAUCUUUACUUGGCUACACAACUAGGCCUAAGGAACGAUGUCGGACGUGUAAUGCUAUACUUUCUUGGGUGUUAUGGUGGAGUCACAGGGCUUCGUGUCGCUAAAGACAUAGCUGAGAAUAACCUGGGAAGUCGUGUUUUGCUAACUACCUCAGAAACCACCAUAUUAGGUUACCGUCCUCCAAAUAUGGACCGUCCAUACGAUCUCGUUGGUGCUGCACUUUUCGGAGAUGGAGCAGCGGCUGUAAUUAUAGGGGCAGACCCAAUUCCUGUUGUUGAGAAACCCUUUAUGGAACUGAACGUGGCUGUGCAAAAAUUCUUACCCGGCACGCAAAACAUAAUCGACGGUCGACUCACCGAGGGAGGCAUAAAUUUUAAACUCGGGAGAGACCUUCCACAGAAGAUCGAGGACAACAUCGAGGGGUUCUGCAGAAUGCUUAUGGAGAAUGCAGAUCUGAAGCACUUUAAUGAUUUAUUUUGGGCAGUUCAUCCUGGGGGACCAGCAAUUCUUAACCGUCUCGAAAGCAAUCUCAAGCUGAAGGAAAACAAGUUGAAGUGUAGCAGACAGGCAUUGAUAGACUAUGGUAAUGCGAGCAGUAAUACUAUCUUUUAUGUUAUGGAUAACUUGAGAAAUGAAUUCACAAUGAGGAAACAGGCAGCAUCUCUAUCCGGAGGUGAACAAGGGGAAGAAUGGGGACUUGCCUUGGCAUUUGGUCCGGGCAUAACAUUCGAAGGCAUACUUGUUCGCAACCUCAUCCGAUAAUCUCUUGGUACACGGUCGCCAAAGGAAUAAAUCCGUUGGUUGUUUUAAGUAUAAUUUCCGUUUUUGUUGUCAUGAUUUUGCUGAAUUAGUCAGUUUAAUCAGGGUUUAAUGU